UGUCAGAUUUUGACAGAUAGAGGCAGAAGAAGAGAAGAGGUGAUUUUUUGUUGGCCUUCUGAUGAACGAAUUGAGGCGAUUGGCGAUAAUUUUAGUGUAAAUAAAAUUAUCUAAGGAGUAUGGUGAUUACCAAUAUUCCUGGUUAGAAAAGACUAAAAUUAGAUCACGCUUCAACAUGAGUUCGAAGAAAGGAAGGCGCCAAUUAGGCAAUAAACAUUUUCCAAUAGCCGAGUCAGUGAGUAUAGCUCUGAAGAUCCAACUGGAUAAGUUCUUGAGCGAUGAAAAUGAGACUGAACUUAAGUUUCCGACGUUUCUGUCGGCUCAAGAGAGAGGCUUCAUCCAUGAGACAGUGGCGAAGUUGGGGUUGAAGUCAAAAUCGCGCGGGAAAGGUGUCAACCGCUACCUGACGAUAUACAAGCGUCUUGGCUCAACCAUAAUCCAGAAUGAUGCGAAACUCAUCUUGGAUUCCAACAUGCGGUGUACCAUAGCAGAGCUGUUCAAUGCUUUCCCUAUCACCAGCAAGGAGAAGGAUGACCUGAGCUGUUGUCCGGAGAAGGAACGCAGCCCACAACUAGCUCAUAAGACUCUUGGGCAGUUGAACAAUGGAGUAGCUCAGGUGCCAAAUACUACAUACAACCCAGACCUCAUAAAGUUCAGGGAGAAACUGCCAGUGUACGAACAGAGGCAAGAACUACUCCAUGCCAUCACACACAACCAGGUUAUAAUAGUGGCGGGUGCCACCGGCUGCGGCAAAACGACGCAGCUGCCGCAACUGGUGUUAGAGCACUGCCAGGAGCACAAACAACCUGCGAGAAUCUACUGCACGCAGCCGCGACGCAUCUCUGCCGUGUCCGUCGCCGAGCGGGUUGCAUACGAGCGCAUGGAGAAGAUAGGCCAGUCCAUCGGCUACCAGAUCCGUUUAGAGUCGCGUGUGAGCCCCCGUACUGUGCUCACGUACUGUACCAACGGUGUACUGCUACGCACGCUUAUGGGCGGCGACACCGCGCUCGCAGGCGUGACGCACGUGUUCGUGGACGAAGUGCACGAGCGGGACAAGUUUAGCGACUUCUUGCUGAUCGCGCUGCGGGACGCCCUUCCUCGGCAAAAGGACAUGAAGCUCAUCCUCAUGUCUGCUACUAUGGACACGCAGAUAUUCUCACGGUACUUCAACAACUGCCCCGUGGUGACCAUCCCGGGGCGUUUACACGAAGUCCAGCGGUACUACCUGGAAGAUGUCCUGCGCAUCACCAACUAUAAGACCAAGCGCAUGGCGCAGCUCGAGACCGAGCUCAAGGCCAAGCUCAAGGCUGGGAACAGCUACUGGUCGCACCUGGAAGGUCAGAAGCAGACCACGCCGGACAGUAGCAGUAAUAGCAGCAAGGAGCCGGCGCGCGAAGAGAAAGAAGCAUUGGAGCCGGCGCUGCAGGCAGACAUGGACGAGUUCCUGGACGACUGCUUCAAGGACGGCAGCCUGGACUCAUUCUGCCAAAUCCUGUACAUGUACCUGUCAGAAGGCGUGCACGUGGACUGCGCGCAUUCGCGCUCGCGCCGAACCGGGCUUAUGGCCGCCGCGCACCAUGGCUUGGCUGAGACCGCCGCCAAUAUAUUGCAGAUCGGCGCGGACCCCACAAUAAAAGACUCAAACGGCAAGACAGCGUUCGACUACGCGACAGAGAGCGGGCACACUGAGUGCGCUCAACUAUUGGCCUCGUUCGACCACGCGGGCGAAGCCACCAAGGACGUCGAGGAGGAAUCCGCGGCAGACGCCUUCGCUCUGGAUGUAUACCACCAUGCCUUCUCCGAGGAGCUCAUUGACCAUGACCUGAUGCUGGCUUUGGUGAAGCACAUUCAUUUGAACUUGCCGAAAGGCAGCAUCCUGAUUUUCCUGCCUGGAUACGACGACAUCGUAACCCUCCGCGAUAUGAUAACCAGCGACACAGAGAUGGCCACGCUGAAGUAUCAGACCUUCACGCUGCACAGCAACAUGCAGACCCUCGACCAGAAGAAGGUGUUCAACCCGCUGCCCGGCGCUCGCAAGGUCAUCAUCUCCACCAACAUCGCCGAGACCUCCGUCACCAUCGACGACGUGGUCUACGUGGUGGACUCCUGCAAGGUACGUGUCGCGGACCCACGUCACAGACAGACCGUCGACCAGAAGGUGUUCAACCCGCUGCCCGGCGCUCGCAAGGUCAUCAUCUCCACCAACAUCGCCGAGACCUCCGUCACCAUCGACGACGUGGUCUACGUGGUGGACUCCUGCAAGGUGAAAGAAAAAUACUACGAGUCCAGCGGCGGCGUGUGUUCCCUACAAUGCGUGUGGACCUCUCGCGCGUGCUGCCAACAGCGCGCGGGCCGCGCCGGCCGCACGCGCCCCGGCCUGGCCUUCCACUUGUGCUCAAAACGACGUGCCCGAGCACUCCCUUUGCACGCCAUACCAGAAAUCCUCCGUGUGCCUUUGCAAGAGUUGUGCCUCCACACGAAACUAUUGGCCCCGCCCAAUACACCCAUAGCUGACUUCCUAUCACGAGCAUUGGAACCCCCGUCGUUCUUAGCGGUGCGAAACGCGGUCGCCUUGCUCAAAACUCUCGGUGCGUUGACCCCUACUGAAGAUCUAACCGAAAUCGGGCAGCAUUUAUUGGACUUGACAGUGGAACCGCGUCUUGGAAAGAUGUUGCUAUACGCGUGUGUGCUAAAGUGCCUGGACCCAGUGUUGACGAUUGUGUGUGCGCUGGCCAAUCGGGAGCCCUUCCAGAUAUCAAUGAGCCCUGAAACUAGGAAGAGAGGAAGUGUGUCAAGAAAGGAGUUCGCCGCUGAUGCGUAUUCUGACCAUAUGGCGCUGCUGAGAGCUUUUCAGGCGUGGCAGGCGGCCCGAGCGGCGGGUACAGAGCGGGCCUUCUGCGCUCGCAACCUCAUCUGCGGCGCCACCAUGGAAAUGAUCGUCGGCCACCGCGCGCAACUUCUAGCCCAGCUACGGGCACUUUGCCUCGUCAAGGCGCGCGGCCCCGGCGAUAUCAAAGACGUGAACGUGAACUCGGAGCGCUGGCACGCGGUGAAGGCCGUCCUCGUGUCAGGCCUGUACCCGUGCCUGGCGCGCGUGGACCGCACGGCCGGCGGCCUGCGCACGAGCCGCGAGCCGCGCGUCGCCUUCCACCCCAGGUGA